AUGAAACGAAGACGUUGCUGCCUUUGCUCCAAGAACGCUUUGCGAACCGUGCCAACAAAUAUCACCAUACUCGGAACAGAAAAGUCCAAUGCAACACCUUUGCUAUGCAAUACACAUUACAACAAUAUCAAUAAUUUUAAAAACACCCACCACAUCAGCAACCCUGUUACCAUUGAAAUUCAAAAACAACCAAAAGGAGUGAAAGAUAUCAUUUCAAUCGUUACCGAUAAAUUCGGUCAAUGCAAACAUUCCGACAACAAGUGCUGUAGUAAUUGCAAAGAAGCUCACCUCGCUGCAAGAACACAAGAAUACAAAAAUGUCAUCAAAUCAUUGAAGGCAAAAAUCUCUCGACGAGAUACUACAAUUAAGAAUUUCGAAGAAUUAAUUGAAGAAAAAGAUCAAAAACAUUAUUUGGUAGAACUUCUCUCGAUUGUGCUAGAGGAAGGAAAGUUACAUGAAACCCAGUUCUUUUAUCAAUUAUUAGAAAAUACUUUGCAAAAUUUGGUUUCGUCGAAAAAUGUUAACGGUUUUCGAUACAAAGAGUGUAUCAUUCAUUGGUGUUUAUUACUUCGAUUUUAUGGUGGUUCUCGUUUGUGGAAUAUUUUGAAAGGAAAUUCUCCCGGUGAAACUAUAACAUCUGAAAACGCAUUAGAUAAGCUUAAUCUAUUACUUCCAUCUAUCUCAACAAUUAAGAGCUAUCUUCCAGACUUGUCUUUUGGUAACCUUGUCGACAGUGACUGA